UCCAUCAGCUGGUGUUGUUUGUAUCUCACCAGGUUUUGUACUGAGUUUGAUUCUACGUCUAAAAUUAAUGUUAGUCUAAAUGUUUCAAUCAUAAAUCUGAUAAAUUUAGCUUCAGCGUAACAAUUUUUAAAGCGAUAUGUCCUCUAAUUUUAAAUAUUCUCUUCUAAAAGUGUAUAAAAAUUAUCAAAAAUAUGUUCCUGAACUGCAAUCGACAACUGUGCUGCGUACAAUAAUUCAAGUUUGUGUUCACUACAUUGAAACAAAAUCGUGCUCGAAGGACGUCCUGGAACGAGCCGUACAGAAGCUCCAGUCAUCGAAUCAGGAUGUACCGCAACACUUCUGUGAACUGUUUGCCGGCAUACUGCAGCUGAUUCAGCUGUAUCUGCGCUACCCUAAGGGCAUUGUCAAGGACGAUGAGCUGAUAGAAACGUUGAAAGAGCUGAAAUUCCGCGACGAUUGUAUCGAGGAUAUCGUCAAAGUGCUCAGACAGCAUCGGGACCCGCUGAGCAUUAACUAUCGAGAAAUGCGAAAUCUCCGUUCACCUCCCAGGAGGAUGGUUUGGAGAAUUAACAUUUCGUUCAUGGACAGAUCUUCUACUCGCCACCCCACGAUAAUAUUACACAUCCAAAAAACCGACGGAGAAUUUCUCAGCUUUGAACUCAGCGUAUCGAUGUUCCACAGACUUCGUUACAACGUUGCAUCAUUAUUGCAUGAACUGCAAACAUUGGAGAGGAGACAGAGUGUAAGGAAAUCAUAGGAAAACAAUUUUAUGUAACUAAUCACAUCAACGAUGAUAUUUUUUAUUGACUGGUAUAACAUUCGAUCACGUUGAACGGUUUUUCAAUGGAAUUGAAAACAUAAAGAA